CCCCGGCCAAGAAACCCUGUAAGGUGUAAGGUCUAUUCAUAUACCUCGUCGGUGCUACUAGAAAGAUAUCUUGACAAUUGACGAUUAUUGGGCAGUGAAUAUAGAAUUUCAUAUAAAAGUAUAUAGUAUUUGGGGGGCGUUAAGUUCAUGUACUUUUCAUUUCCGGAGUUCUGUUACAAUUACCUUUAUUUUCUACAAAUGCAAUCCAUCAGAAGUUGUCGGGAAUUUCUAAUUCAUUGACAUUUGUUUGGAGGUGCUAAUAUGUGUGCAUUCCCUAUUAGAAAAUAUCGUGCCUCAACAGAUAUAACAAUAAGUAAUUUUUAAUGACUACUAUAGAAAAUUGCCAUAACAUAUUGAAGACAGAAAGAAUGGAGAACGUUAUGGAGGGUGUUAAUGGACAGUUACAAAUGAAAUAUCAAAAAAUUGCUACAGAAUAUUCAAAAAUUCGUGCUCAAGCAAACGUUUUAAAGAGAGCUGUGAUUGAUGAACAAGCACGUAAUGCUGAUAUUCGAGAACAACUGAAAGAGAAGGAGGUAGAGCUUCGCAGAGCAGAACAGGAAUUAGACAGUUUAUCAUUUCGAAAUCAACAAUUAACUAAACGUAUAACUGUAUUGCAAGAAGAGCUUGAUAAAACACAAAAUAAACCUAAGAAAGGAAAGAACAAAUUAGCAGAAAAUAAUAGCCAAGUAUUGGCAUCUCCAAACCAUAUCUUGGAUGAAGAAUUUCAAAAAAAGAUAGUCGAAAAUGCGCAAUUAUUGUCACAAAUCAGUGACAAAGAUAGCGAAAUUGAAACUUUAAUUGAAAGGAUACAACAGCUAGAAUCUAAAUUAGAUUAUUGUGAAAAAUCUAAAAUCGAAUUAGAGUGUCAAUAUCAGAAUACUAUAGACAAACUAGAAAGAGAAAGAAAUGAUAUGCAAAAGAAGUUAAAUGAUAACCAAAAGCAAGAGGAAAGUACAUCAUGGUCUAGUAAUGAAGGUAAAAGGGAUGGAUAUGAAUCUGACAAUAGAAUAGGACACUCCAAUUUUCCAGAGGUAGAACCGUCACCAUUUUCAUCCCCAUCUGCAUCACGUAGAUCAUUAAAGUCUAUUAGUGAGGGUCAGUCUAAGGUACAAGAAGAAAAUAACGAUUUUUAUUUUUCAAAAUCAUGCGACUUGGAGAAAGAAAUUAACCAUUGGAAAGCACAAUAUCAUAUAUUUAAAAUAAAAUAUGAUGAAAUACAGCAAAGAGAGUCCAUAAAUAAUAGGCAGAUUGAACAUGAAUCUUUGCAACCUGUAGAAAUAAAUAAUAUGAUUGGAAAACUAACAGUACCUUUUGCAAUACCAGAAGAAAUUGAAGCUAGGGAAGCAAAAAUCAGAGAAUAUUUCCUGCAAGAGAUUGACAAGUUGAUAUCAGAAAAACAUAUUUACCAUGUGAAAAAUUUAGCUAUGGCUGCUAAUAACGAAGUUCUACAAGCUCAUUUAGAUACGAGUGAAUCAAAAAGAGAAAAAUGUGAGUCAGCUCUUACAGAAGCACUUUCAAAUUGCAAUAUUUUACAAAAAGAUAAAGAAAUACAAGAAGGAAAUUAUAAAGCACAGCUCAGUACUAUGAGCGAACAUCUUGCUAAUAUGAAUGAAAAACUUAUAUCGCAAACAGAGGAAAUACAACAAUUAAAAUUUCAACUUGUAAAUAAGAACAAUAAAAAGGGAAAACAAAAGUGAUACAAAUCAGAUUAUAAGUUAACAAUUAUUAACAUUCCAACAACAUGAAUUAUUAGUAAUUUUAGUUUUGUGUACAUAUGCAACUUACCUGAUAAACAGUAAUUAUUUUUCACUACACUUUAACUGUGUCAUUAAAUUUUCAAAAUCAAUAUUAUUAUCAAUAAUAAUUGAUAAUAACACUGAAAUCUAUUAUUUAUAAAAUAAAUAAAAAUUAUUAUUGACGUUAAAUUUAUGAAUAUUUACAACGAAAAUUGCAAAUUAUGUAGAAUACAUGAUAUUGUCACUGAUGUGUCCAGAAUCAGCUUGAACAAAUUUUUGUUUCAUAAGUUCAAUUAAAAUUUCUCUUUGUAUUUCAUUUAAUAUGAAAUAAAUUAAAACAUCUGAUAUUCUUGAGUAUUAAAUAUAUAAUAUAUAAAUAAAAUAAUUAAACAGACUGAAAAUUUUACUUUUUUGGUGAAAAUCUUAAACUCCCGUUUUAACAAAAUAAUAGUAAAUUAUUAUUAUUCCUUUUCUUUAUAUCAAUAUUAGCACUUUUUUGCAUGCCUAGGCAUAAAACAAUUGGCGGAUAUGGAAGUUUCAUCCCUACGAGCAACGAUUCUGUCAUGAGGCAUACUGUACACACAUAACAUAAAAAAUAUCUAAACAAUUAUAA